CCUGCCUGUGGGGGCCCCACCCUCCUCCAGAACAUCUUCCCUGCCUCCCCAGGGGCCACCCUGCUGGGGCCCCAAGGACCCCUGGCCUCCAGCCAGCCAGCAGCCUUCCACAUCACUGCUUCACUGCCCAUCAGCUCCACACACUGGGACUUUGGUGACGGCUCCCCCAAGGUGGACGUGGCUGGUCCGGCCGCCACCCACCACUAUGUGCUGCCCAGAUGCCAUCACGUGACAGCUGUGCUGGCCCAGGGGGCUGGCUUGGCUUGGCUUGGGGUGGACGUGAAGGUGGAGGCAGCGCCUGCUGCACUGGAGCUUGUGUGUCUGGUUUCGGUGCGGAGUGAGGAGACCCUUGUCAGUGUCCGAAAUUGUGGCAGCUCAGACCUGGACGCCACCUACAGCAUCAUGACCCUGGGCGACGAGCCAGCCCAAGUGGUGCAUCCGCUCUGCCCCUUGGACACCGAGAUCUUCCCUGGUAAUGAGCACUGCUACCGGCUGGUGGCAGAGAAGGCAGCCUGGCUGCAGGCGCAGGAGCAGUGCCGAGCCUGGGCCGGGGCCGCCCUGGCUAUGGUGGACAGUCCUGCCAUCCAGCACUUCCGGGUCUCCCGGGUCACCAGAAGCCUGGAUGUGUGGAUUGGUUUCUCUGCUGUGGAGGUAAUGGUGGCAGGCGUGCCCCUGGCUGAGGCCUUCAGCCUGGAGAGCUGCCAGAACUGGCCUCCUGGGGAGCCACACCCUGCCUCGGCUGAGCGCUGCAUGAGGCUCGGGCCCACCGGCCAGUGCAACACGGACCUGUGCUCCGCGCCGCAUAGCUACGUGUGUGAGCUGCAGCCUGGAGGCCCCGUGUGGGACGCGGAGAACUUCCUUAUGGGAGCGCCCGUUGGGGACCUGCAGGGGCCCCUGAGCCUCCUGGUGCAGCUGGAGGCCCUCUCAGCCCCGCAGGAGGCUGUGGAGGUGAUGGUGUUUGCAGGCCUGGGCCUGAGCCGAGAGGCCUUCCUCACCACUGCUGAGUUUGGGACUCAGGCGCUCGGCCGGCCUGCCCAGCUGAGGCUGCAGGUGCACCGGCCCCAGAGAGGAGCAGACUGGGGCCCGACACCCCUCUUCUCCUUGCAGGAGCCCCAGAAAAACAGCAGUGCACCUGACAGCAGGACCCUGGAGAACAGCACCGAGCUGGUCCCUGCGUGCACCCCAGGGGGACACCUGUGCCCCAGAUCCAACAUCUGCCUGCCACUAGAUGCCCCCUGGCGCCCUCAGGCCUGUGCUAACGGGUCCUCGCCGGGGCCAGGGCGCCCUGGGGCCUCCUACCCACUGUGGCAGGAGCUCCUUUUCUCCUUGCCGGCUGGGCCGCUGGCCCAGUACUCGGUCACCUUCCAUGGCCAAGACAGACCCCUGCUCCCCGGUGACCUCAUCAGCUUGCAGCAUGAUGCUGGGGCAGGCGCCCUCCUGCACUGCCCGCCAGCGCACAGCCACUCUGGCUCCGAGGUCCCGUACUUCUCCACGAGUGCCUUGGCCUGGCUGACCCGCCUGCCCGCCCAGCUGGAGGUGGCCCCAGCCGGCCCUGCCUGCACACUGAGGCUGCUGGCUGCCACAGAACAGCUCACCCCACUGCUGGAUAUGAGGCCCAAUCCGGGGCUGCGGCGGCCGGGGCACUAUGAAGUCCGGGUCAUGGUGGGCAACAGCGUGUCCAGGCAGAACCUGUCCCGCAGCUUCACUGUGCUGUCCCCAGUGGCUGGGUUGCGAGUCUUCCACCCCAUCCCCCCAGAUGGUCACUUCUAUGUGUCCACCAACGGCUCGGCCUUGGUGCUUCAGGUGGACUCCGGUGACAGUGCCACAGCCACAGCGCACUGGCUUGGAGGCAGUGUCCACGCACCCUUUGAGGCCACAUGCCCCACCACAGUGGCCGCCCUGGUGCCUGGCUAUGCCAAGGCCAACGCCACCCUGUUCUCAGUGUUGGCGCUGCCUGGGCUCAGCAAGGGUGAGCACACUGUGGAGGUGGUGGUGGAGAACAGCGCCGGCUGUGCCAACCUCAGCCUGCCAGUGAGGGCGGAGGAGCCCAUCAGCGGCCUCCAGGCCCCGCCCUGCCCCGAGGCCUGCGUGCUGCAGGGCGUCCUGGUGAGGUACAGCCCUGUGGUGAAGGCCGGUUCAGACGUGAUCUUCCACUGGACCAUCGACGACAAGCAGUCCCUGACCUUCCACAAUGUGGUGUUCAACGUCAUCUACCAGAGGGCCGCUGUCUUCAAGCUCCUGCCCACUGUCCACUGCCUGUCUCCACGGCUGACAGCUUCCAACCAUGUGAGCAAUGUCACUGUGAACUACAAUGUCACCGUGGAGCACAUGCACAGGAUGCAGGGCCUCCGCAUGUCUGUGGUGUUGCCCGUGCUGCCCCUCGGUGCCACACUAGCGCUGGCUGCCGACGUGCUCAUGGACACAGCCGUGGACGUGUCCUUUCUGUGGACCUUCUGGGAUGGCGAGCAGGUGACGGGCCAGUUCAAGCCUCCGUACAAAGAAUCCUUCCAGGUCCCAGACCCCACAGUGGCCCAGGAGCUGGUGGAGCACAACAUCACGCACAGCUACACAGUCCCGGGUGUGUACAACCUGACCUUGCUCUUGUCCAGUGCUUUCGAGAACCUGACUUGGCAAGUACCUGUGAGUGUGCGCGCCUCCCUACCCGCCGUGUCUGUGGCUGUGGGCAGCCACGUCUUGGUGGCGGGGCAGCCUGUCACCUCCCCACAUCUACUGCCUUCGCCCAUGGAUGUCCGUAGAUUGUGGGACUUCGAGGACUGCUCCCCAGCCCUGAUGCAGCACCAGCCUGAGGUCAACCACACAUUUGCCUCGCAGGGCAUGUACCAUGUCUGCCUGGAGGCCAACAACAUGGUGAGCAACGCGGCCUGCACUAGCAUCCACGUCCUUGACGGGCUCCAUGGCCUGGGCGUGAGGCUCAGCCCCACUAUGGAGCAGGGCGCACCAGUGGUCAUCAGCGCCACCCUGGAGUCAGGUGAUAAUGUUAUGUGGACUUUUGACAUGGCGGAUGACAUGAUAAACAGUGGCUCCCACGCACUUGUGGAGCACUGGUACCUGCAAGCACAGAACCAUACGGUGACUGUGGGAGCGGCUUGCUGGCUGGCCCAGAGCCUCUCUGUGCAGGUCUUUGUCCUUGAGGUGCUGUGGAUCGACCCCACGGGCUGCAUCCCUGAGCAGCCCCAUGCUCGGCUCACAGCCCAUGUCACCGGGAACCCUGCCCUCUACAUCUUUGACUGGACCUUUGGGGACGGCCCAUCCAACAUGACCAUCCAGGGGGACCCCACAGGGACACACAACUUCACACGGAGUGGCACGUUUCCCCUGGCACUGGACCUGUCGAGCCACGUGAAUGAGGCACACUACUUCACCAGUGUCUGUGUGGAGCCCGAGGUGGGCAACGUCACCCUGUGGCCUGAGAGGCAGUUUGUGCAGCUUGGGAAUGCAGCCCAGCUGGCUGCCUGUGCGUGGCCCCCCUCUUCCUACCGCUACACCUGGGACUUUGACACGGAGGCUGCCACCCACACCGGGAGCUCCCAGGCCACAGUCACCUACCGAGACUCGGGCUCCUACCUGGUGACGGUCACAGGGUCCAAGAAUGUCUCGGCUGCCAAUGACUCAGCACUUGUGGAGGUGCAGGAGCCCGUGGAGCUCACAGGCAUCGAGGUCAACAGCUCCCAUGUGCUGGAGCUGCAGCAGCCCUACCUGCUGUCUGCUGUGGGCCGUGGGCACCCCGCCACCUACUUGUGGGAGCUGGGGGAUGGCAGGUGGCUUGAGGGCCCCAUGGUCAACCAUGUCUACAAUAGCACAGGCCGCUUUGCCAUCAGGGUGGUGGCUUGGAAUGAGGUGAGCCUCAGCGAGGCCAGGCUGAACGUCACAGUGCAGCAGCGUGUACGGGGGCUCAGUGUCAACGCCAGCUGCACGGUGGUGCCCCUGAAUGGCAGUGUGAACUUCAGCACAUUGCUGGAGGCAGGCAGUGACGUGCGCUAGUGCUGGGUGCUCUGUGACCACUGCACACUCAUCCCUGGGGGCCCCACCAUCUCCUACACCUUCCGCUCGGUGGGCACCUUCAACAUCAUUGUCACAGCCGAGAACAAGGUGGGUGCCACCCAGGACAGCAUCUUCGUCUAUGUCCUGCAGCGUAUCGAGGGGCUACAGGUGGUGGGUGGUGGUGGCAGUGGCUGCUUCCCCACCAACCACACGCUGCAGCUGCAGGCCAUGGUCCAUGAUGGCACCAACGUCUCCUACAGCUGGACUGCCCAGCGGGACGGUGGCCUGGCCUUGGCUGGCAGCAGGAAAACCUUCCUGCUCACUGUGCUCGGGGCUGGCACGUACCAUGUCCAUCUGCGGGCCACCAACAUGCUGGGCAGUGCCUCAGCCACUUGCACUGUGGACUUUGUGGAACCUGUGGGGUGGCUCUCUGCGGCUGCCUCCCCAAACCCAGCUGCUGUCAACACGAGUGUCACUCUCUGUGUUGAGCUGGCUGGUGGCAGCAGUGUCAUUUAUACCUGGUCCCUGGAGGACGGGCUGAGCUGGGAGACCCCAGAGCCCUCCACCCUCCAUGCCUUUGUUACCCCCGGCCUGCACCUGGUCACAGUCACAGCCAAGAAUGAACUGGGCUCAGCCAAUGCCGCCAUUGAGGUGGCCGUGCAGGUGCCUGUGAGCAGUCUCAGCAUCAGGGCUGGUGAGCUAGACUGUGGCUUCAUGACACCCAGCUCCACUGUGCCCUUCUGGGGGCAGCUGGCCUUGGGCAGCAACGUGAGCUGGUGCUGGGCCGCUCUGGGUGGCAGCAAGCAUGGCCAGCAUGUCACCAUGGUCUUCCCUGAUGCCAGCACCUUCUCUUUUCAGCUCAGCGCCUCCAAUGUAGUCAGCUGGCUGGUAGCCACACACAGCCUCACAGUGGAGGAGCCCAUUGUGGGCCUGGCGCUCUGGGCCAGCAUCAAGGUGGCAGUGCUUGGUCAGCUGGUCCACUUUCAGAUCCUGCUGGCCACUGGCUCAGCUGUCAGCUUCCACCUGCAGGUCAAUGGGGCCGUCCCUGAGGUGCUCUCUGGGCCUCAGUUCUCCCACAGCUUCCCCCGCGUUGGGGACCACGCAGUGAGUGUCCAGGCUGAGAAUCACGUGAGCAGGGCCCAGGCCCGGGCGCGCAUCUUGGUGCUGGAGGCCGUGGUCGGGCUCCAGGUGCCCAACUGCUGUGAGCCUAGCAUUGCCACGGGUGCGAGGGACUUCACGGCCCAGGUGCAGUGGGGCUCCCGCAUCGCCUAUGCGUGGUACUUCUCCUUGCAGAAGGUCCAGGGGGACUCGCUGGUCAUCCUGUCGGGCUGCAAUGUCACGUACCCUGUGGCCACAGGGUUGCUGGAGAUCCAUGUGCGAGCCUUCAACGAGCUGGGGGGAGUGAACCGCACACUGGUGGGUGAGGUCCAGGGUGUCAUCCAGCACGUGGCACUGCACAGCGGCCGCUGUUUCACCAACCGCUCAGCCCAGUUUGAGGCUGCCAUGAGCCCCAGUGCCUGGCGUGUGGCCUACCACUGGGACUUUGGGGAUGGGGCCACAGUGGAGGACACACAGGAGCCCUGGGCUGACCAUUCCUACCUGCGGCCUGGGGACUACUGUGUAGAGGCGAAUGCCUCCAACCCAGUGAGCUUUUUUGUGGCACAGACCACCAUCACCGUCCACGUGCUGGCCUGCAGGGACCCUGGAGAGGAGGUGGCCCUGCCCUUGCGGGUGCUCAUGCGGUGCUCCCAGCGCAACUACCUGGAAGCCCAUGUUGACCUAUGGGACUGCGUCACCUAUCAGACUGAGUAUCGCUGUUAGGUGUACUGCACCACUAGCUGCCAGCAGCUUGGGCACAUGGCCCGUGUGGCCUUGCCCAAUGUGGACAUGAGACAGGCCUAGCUGGUGGUGCCACGGCUGGCACUGCCCGUGGGCCACUACUGCUUUGUGUUUGUGGUGUCAUUUGGGGACACACCACUGGCGCAAAGCAUCCAGACCAAUGUGACAGUGGUCCCCGAACGCCUGGUGCCCAUUAUUGAGGGUGGUUCGUACCGUGUGUGUGGUCAGAUGCUCAGGACCUAGGUGCCAGAUGGGAGCAAGUCCUACAACCCCAACUUGGAGGAUGGUGACCAGACCCCGCUCAGCUUCCACUGGGCCUGCGUGGCCUUGAUGCAGAGUGAGACAGGAGGGUGUGCACUCUCCUUCGGGCCCCGUGGGAGCAGCACGGUCACCCUCCCCUGGGAGUGCCUGCAAGCCAGCGUGGAGUACACCUUCAGCCUGACUGUGUGGAAGGCGGGCAGGAGGGAGGAGGCCACCAACCAGACACUGAGUGUGCUGAUCCGGAGCAGCCGGGUGCCCAUUGUGCCCUUGGAGUGUGUGUCCUGCAAGGCGCAGGCAGUGUACGCAGUGAGCCGCAGCUCCUAUGUGUACCUGGAGGGCCGCUGCACCAAUUGCCGCGGGGACUUCAAACAAGGGCGCUGGGCCGCGCACACCUUCGGCAAUGAGACGCUGGUGCUGGGCGAGGCCAGCACAUCCAACGGAAGCUCCCGUAUGCAGCUGGUUGUGCAGCACCGCGUGCUACAGGACGGCGAGGACUAAACGUUCAUGCUCACGGUGCUGGGCCGCUCGGGUGCACUUCGAGUGCAUGUGUGAGUGCAGCCAGGCCGGGUGCGGGCGUGUGGGCUGGCCUCAGGUGGGGUUUGUAGGGCCCCGGUGAUGCUAUGGGGGCCCGCCGGCUGGCAGGAUGCAGAGGGUGCGGGUGCCCCGCUGGUGUAUGCCCUGCUGCUGCGGCACUGUUGCCAGGGCCACUGCGAAGAGUUCUGUGUGUACAAGGGCAGCCCGUCUGCCUACAGGGCCGUGCUUCCCCCGGGCUUCGCACCCCACUUCCAGGUUGGCCUGGCCGUGACAGUGCAGGACCAGCUGGGCGCCUCUGUGGUUGCCCUUGACAGGUGAUCUCUGGCCAUCGCCCUGCCAGAGCCCCCAGGAGCCUCCCUGGACCUCAUGGCCUGGCUGCACAGCCUCGCAGAGAACAUGCUGCCCGGGCUCCUGACACAGGCUGACCCCCAGCACGUGAUAGAGUACUCAUUAGCGCUCAUCACUGUGCUCAACGAGUAUGAGCAAGCCCUGGCUGCAGCAGCAGAGUUGGACCCCAGGCAACAGCUUCGAGCCCAGAUACACAAGAAUGUCACUGAGACUCUGGUCUCCCUGCGGGUAACACUGGACGAAAUCCAGCAGAUCGCGGCCAUACUGGCCCAGUGCACGGCAUCCAGCCCAGAGCUCGUGUGCCGCUCGUAUUUGAAGAAGACACUGCACAAGCUGGAAGCCAUGAUGCUCGUCGUGCAGGUAGAGAAGGUCACAGGCACAGGGACGCCCACCACCAUUGCCGACAGCAUCCUCAGCUUCACUGGCGGCCUCAUCGACCUGACCAGCUCAGACAUGGAGGGCCCACAGCCCUCUGAGCUGGGGGCCAUGCCGCCGGCGCUGAUGGUGGCAUCCAGGGCCUACCACCUCUCCUCGGCCCUCAUGCGCAUCCUCAUGCGCUCCCGUGUGCUUGAUGAGGAGCCCCUGACGCUGGUGGGCAAGGAGAUCGUGGCGCAGGGCAAGCGCUCAGACCUGCGGAGCCUGCUGUAGGGUGCUGCCUCGGGCCCUGGCUGCCACUUCUCCAUCCCCACGGCCUUCAGCGGGGCCCUGUCCAACCUCACCGACGUGGUGCAGCUCAUCUUCCUCGUCCACUCCAACCCCUUCCCCUUUGGCUACAUUGGCAACUACACGGUCUCUACCAAGGUGGUAUCCAUGGCCUUCCAGACACAGGCCGGUGCCCAGAUCCCCAUUGGGCAGCUGGCCUCAGAGCGUGCCAUCACCGUGAAGGUGCCCAGCAGCUCCGACCAGGUGGCCCAGGGCCCGAGAGUCCCUUCCAGCUCCAUUGUCAUUCCACCCACCUCGGUCAGUGUGGUGGUCGCCCCUGAGAACAGCAGUCCCGAGGCGGGGCUGCACCUGCUGCUCACCUACAGGGUGCUGCACGGGUGCAACCUGCCUGAAGAGCCUGAGCCCUACCUGGCUGCCUACCUGCAUUCAGUACCAUUGCCCAACGAGCAUAACUGCUCAGCCAGCAGGAAGAUCAGCUUGGAGGCUCUGGCAGGAGGCGACCACAGGCUCUAUACCUUCUUCAUGGUCCCAGGGACCAGAGAGCCAGGUGGGACGUACUACCUGAACCUGACCAGCCACUUCCACUGGUUGGCGCUUGAAGUGUCUGUGGGCCUGUACGCGUCGCUGUGCCAGUACUUCAGUGAGGCAGAGAUGACAUAGCGGACGGAGGGGCUCCUGCCCCUGGAGAGGACCUCGCCCAGCCAGGCUGUCUGCCUCACCCGUCACCUUACCAACUUUGACGCCAGCCUCUUCGUGCCCCCCAGCCGCAUCCACUUCAUCUUCCCAGAGCCAGCCUCGGGCCUGAACUACACUGUCCUGCUGAUGUGCGCCAUGUGCCUGGUGACCUACGCAGUCAUGGUGGUGAUCCUGAGUAGGCUGGACCGGCUGGAUGUCAGUCGGGUCCAGGUCAUUCCUUUCUGAAAGAAGGGAGGCCGCUUCAAGUAUGAGAUUCUGGUGAAGACCGGCUGGGGCCGAGGCUCUGGUACCAUGGCGCACAUGGGUAUCAUGCUUUAUGGGGUGGAGAGCCGGAGCAGCCACCGGCAUCUAGAUGGGGACAGAGCCUUCCACCGCAACAGCCUGGACAUCUUCCAGAUCGCCACCCCACACAGCCUGGGCAGCGUGUGGAAGAUCCACGUGUGGCAUGACAACAAAGGGCUCAGCCCUGCCUGGUUCCUGCAGCAUGUCAUGGUCAGGGACCUGCAGACAGCCCGCAGCACCUUCUUCCUGGUCAACGACUGGCUGUUGGUGGAGACUGAGGCCAAUGGGGGUCUGGUGGAGAAGGAGGUGCUGGCAGCAAGUAAGGCCCAUCCUGUGACAUGGCGGUGCCGGGGCCGUCUGGUGGCUGAGCUGCAGCAGCUCUUUGACAAGCACAUCUGGCUCUCCAUAUGGGACCGGCCGCCUUGAAGCCGCUUCAGAGUCCAGCAGGCCACCUGCUGUGUCCUCCUCAUCCUCUUCCUGGGCACCAAUGCUGUGUGGUACGGGGUCCUG